AUGCAUACAAUUGUUGAUAAAAACACAAGAAGAGUGCAGAACAAGAAGCUGUACCUGGCCACGUUCGCUGCUGUUCUGGGACCGCUCAGCUUUGGCUUCGUGCUAGGCUAUAGCUCGCCUGUUAUUCCGGAGUUGAGGAGGAUCGGCGAUCCUAAAUUAAGAUUGGACAGCAGUCAGGCCUCGUGGUUUGGGUCAGUAGUAACAUUAGGAGCUGCUGCUGGAGGAAUACUAGGAGGCUAUCUUGUGGAUAAAGUUGGGAGAAAGCUGAGUCUAAUGCUGUGCUCAAUACCAUAUGUUUUUGGAUAUAUAAUUAUUAUAUCCGCUCAGAAUGUUUGGAUGCUUUAUUCUGGACGAAUGCUGACAGGCUUAGCCAGUGGAAUUACUUCACUUGUUGUUCCGGUGUAUAUAUCUGAAGUAUCUCAUCCUAAAGUCCGUGGUAUGCUUGGCUCUUGUGUUCAGUUGAUGGUGGUGACUGGCAUACUGGGAGCCUACGUUGCAGGAAUAACACUAAAAUGGCGCUGGCUGGCAGUGUUGUGUUCUUUUCCAUCCUGCAUAAUGCUAUUGUUCAUGUCCUUCAUGCCUGAAACACCGAGAUUUCUGCUGAAUCGGAACAAACGCUCAGAAGCCAUAGCUUCUUUGCGCUUUCUGCGGGGACCACAUGCGGACCAUGAAUGGGAAUGUAGGCAAAUUGAAGCUAGUGUUCAGGAGGAGGGACUGAAUCUCUCUGAAUUUAAGAACCCGUCAGUCUACAGGCCACUUCACAUUGGUGUGGCUCUAAUGUUCUUCCAGCAAGUGACAGGCAUUAAUGCCGUUAUGUUUUAUACAGAAACUAUCUUUGAAGAUGCAAACUUCAAGGACAGCAGGAUGGCUUCUGUCGUUGUGGGUUCCAUACAAGUAUGUUUCACUGCUGUGGCUGCACUUAUCAUAGAUAAAACUGGACGAAAAGUGCUGCUUUAUGUAUCUGGGAUAAUCAUGGCUCUCAGUACUGCAUUGUUUGGGCUUUACUUCAAAAUGGUCCUUCCAAAUCGAAGCAACUCAUCAAAUCCUGUAUGGUUCACUCUAAAUUCACCAUCCCCGGGAACAGAAAGCAGUAUAUCCUGGCUUGCAGUAGUGAGUCUCGGGCUCUUUGUUGCUGGUUUUGCCCUUGGCUGGGGUCCUGUUCCAUGGCUGGUGAUAUCUGAAAUUUUCCCACUUAAAGCUAGAGGUGUAUCAAGUGCUGCUUGUGUGUUAACAAACUGGCUUAUGGCGUUCUUGGUAACCAAAGAAUUUCAUGAUUUUAUAGGUUUCUUAACAUCCUAUGGCACAUUCUGGCUCUUCUCUGCCUUCUGCUGCCUCAAUGUAACUUUUACAGCCUUUUAUGUUCCUGAAACAAAAGGACAGACACUGGAACAAAUCGAGGCCUACUUCAGAAGAUCUUAAGCCUAAAGGAUUUUAUAUUGAUAUGAAACCUUCAUAUCAUGAAUUAUGGU